GAAGCAUCAAGGAAGAACCUUCUAGUUGGGGCCAAUUUCGCUUCAGCUGCAUCUGGCUAUGAUGACAAAGCAUCUAUCAUUAAUGUGAGAACUCUAUCUUAUUAUGCAUAUUUUCAUCUUACACUCCUUAGCUCUUCCCAAUUUUGCUAUUUUGCAGCAUACCAUCCCUUUGUCACAGCAACUAGAGUAUUAUAAGGAUUACCCAGAAAAAACUAGCAAAGAUGGCUGGAAAUAGAAAGUCUGCAUUCAUCAUCAAGGAUGCCUUAUAUAUACUUAGUGCUGGCAGCAGCAACUUCAUUCAGAACCACCAUGUCAAUCCAUUAAUCAACAAAGUCCACACCCCAAAUGAAUAUGGUUCAUAUCUCGUUAGUGUCUUCUCCAGUUGCGUACAAAGGUGUUAAUCCAUUACACCUUUGUAUGCAUACUGUAAAAUCUGAUAGUAUAAGUAAAACACAAGCACAUGGCAAACAGGACUUGUAUGGGUUAGGAGCCAGAAAGAUAGGAGUUACCUCUCUGCCACCAUUGGGUUGCCUUCCAUUAGCAAGAACACUCUUCAAAUGGCAUGACAAGGAUUGUGUGUCAAGGAUCGAUACUGAUGCUCAACAAUACAAAAGGAAGAUCAAUGCAUCAGCAGCAGCAAGCCUACAAAACCAACUUCCUGGUCUUUAGAUUGUGGUUUUUGACAUCUUCAAAAGAUUAAGUAGUAACAGAUACCAGUAGUUCUUAACAGCAAACCAAGCACAGAAAACAAAAAAUAUUCAACUGCUUUUAAAUAAGUACAAGCUUGUGGCUUCUGUAUUGAUAGAAAUAUAAUAUUAUAAGAUGU